CCCUGUUCCCCUCUCCCGGGAGCGGCAGCAGACGCGCUGCUCCCACCCCCUCCCCUUCUCACAGGCUGUCCCCUCCCUGGUGGUGACCGCUGCCCGACCCUCUGCAAGGCGAUGGCCCGGGUCCCGAGCGCGGGCUAGCGUGCCUGGGUGCUCUGCCAUGGGCUAUAUUGGCUCUCGGCGCCCAGCCGGUCAGGCAUUUCUGGGGACCACUACCCGACUGAAGCUCAGGGACAGAGCCGACUGCUCCAGUUAAAAGUGGCUUCGGACCCUGCCUGGGCUGUGGAGUGGAUCGAACUCCCUCGAGGUCUUUCUCUGUCUUCCUUGGGAUCUGCUCGGACUCUCCGAGGCUGGAGCCGGUCCCCUCGUCCUUCUUCCGUAGACAGCCAGGACUUGCCAGAGGCCUGGCCAGAGGCUAUCGGCGCCAAUCUGGAGGCCCUGUCAGCCAGAUACUGAAGGAGAGGGUCGGACUGAUGGGCCUGAGGCCUCUUGUGCCAGGUGGAACCAACCAUGAUGGAGAAGAAUUAGGUACUGUUUAAACACUGGGAUGACGCAGUGACCCUAACAGACUGAAUUCCUCAAAGAGAUAAAGACCAACAAAGGAAAUCAUAUUUACACCUGGCAAGCUGGCUCCGUUAAUGGUGAAUGUUGGAGACACAGUCGCGAUGCUGCCCAAGUCCCGGAGAGCCCUAACCAUCCAGGAGAUUGCUGCGCUGGCCAGAUCUUCCCUGCAUGGUAUUUCCCAGGUGGUGAAGGACCACGUGACCAAGCCCACAGCCAUGGCCCAGGGCCGCGUGGCUCACCUCAUCGAAUGGAAGGGCUGGAGCAAGCCCAGUGACUCACCUGCAGCUCUGGAAUCAGCCUUUUCCUCCUAUUCAGACCUCAGUGAGGGCGAACAAGAGGCUCGCUUUGCAGCAGGAGUGGCGGAGCAGUUUGCUAUUGCAGAAGCUAAGCUCCGAGCGUGGUCUUCCGUGGAUGGCGAUGACUCCACUGAUGACUCCUACGACGAGGACUUCACUGGGGGAACUGACUCAGACAUGGCUGGGUCUCUGGGGCCCCACCUCCAGGACCUCUUCACAGGUCGUCGGUUCUCCCGGCCCGUGCGUCAGGGCUCCGUGGAGCCUGAGAGCGACUGUUCCCAGACCGUGUCCCCAGAUACCCUGUGCUCUAGUCUGUGCAGCCUGGAGGAUGGGUUGCUGGGCUCCCCAGCCAGGAUGACCUCUCAGAUGUUGGGUGAAGAGCUGCUCCUUGCCAGACUGCCCCCCAGCCGGGAAAGUGCCUUCCGCAGCCUGGGCCCUUUGGAGGCCCAGGACUCACUUUACAGUUCACCGCUCACGGAAUCCUGCCUUUCCCCUACCGACGAGGAGGAGCCCGAUUCGUGCAAGGACUGCCAGCUGCUCUGCCCGCUGCCUGGCGGCAGCUGGGAAAGGCAGCAGCAAGUCUCUGAUGUGGCCUCUUCUGGGGUCGUAUCCUUAGAUGAGGAUGAGGUGGAGCCCGAGGACCAGUGAUCCAGACAUGCCCAGUGGUGGCAUGUUUCCCCUGGCUGCUGCCUGGGGCAGAGGCCUCUGUGGCCGAAGUGUGGGCUCGGGAGCUCCGAGGGCUUCUGGGAGCGCUCACUUCUCCAUUGUGUGUUUUGCAUGAAAGUGUUUGGAGAGGAGGCAGAGGCCAGGCUAGGGGCGCAUGUACUGCUUCCACUCUUGGGGGUUUGCCGGGGCUUGCCCGGGACCCCUGGGGCAUGGCUACAGCUGUGGCAGACAGUGACGUUCAUGUUUCUUGAAUCCAAAAUGCCACAUUUCCUCCUGGGAUGUGAACCUGGGCUGGGAGGGUGGGAAUGGAGGAAGCCUGGCCAUCUCCUCCACCCUUCCUCGUGCCCCUUCUCCUCUGCUUCUCUCUUCACCCAAGUCCACGUGCAGUGCUUGACUGAAGCGCCUCCCCCUGUGGGGCUGGCUCGUGGCCUCCUGGAGUCUACGGAUUGAGCCAUCCCCUAAGGGUCCCCUACCCACCUGGGCUCCGCUGUGCUUCACCUUGCCAUUGUCUCUAAACCUUUUUUCCUAAAGACAGGGGGUUUCUGGUCUGUUCUUUGAGCCGAUCUUCUCUGGGAGGCACUGGAAUGAUGAAAGGGUGUGUCCUCCCCCUCUCCUCUCCUCAGCCUCUCCCUCUCCCAGCAUGGCAAGGUCCUGUGGGCACAGAGUUCUCAGUAGGGUGGAACUGGACAAAGGAAUGGGUCUGGCUGUCAGAGCUGGGAGUGCCACAAGGGGGCCACCUGGGCAGCCAUGAGAUCUGUGCUGAUGAGUGGACAGUCAUGAGGGAGUGGCUAUCCUUGGGAAAGAGGGCAGUGAGUUUUCUUGGCUGAAUGGAAGGUUGUAGCCACAGGGUUAGGUGCCUGAUCCAGGCAGGGUGUUACAGAUGAGGCAGCGGAGGCCUCUGGCAGAUCCUAUAUUGCUGGGACACUGGGGCUGAUAGGCGGCUGUGGACUGAAGUCUCAGGCUUGGGCAGGUAAGAGGAUCCAAGAGGAAAACAUGAGCCAACAGCACAAGUGUUCUAUACAUGAGUGGCCAAUUAGGUGUUUACUUUAUUCUAUUUAUUGUUUUAUUAAAUUAAUAUAAAAAUCUUUGUAAAUUUC